AACACCUUGGGAACAUCUUUGGAAAACAUCACGUUUUAAUCAUAAGAAGCAGUUGUUUAUUUAAGACUUUUUAUCUGUUUUAACUAUAGAGGGGAACCUUGCGUAAAGAAUUCAAACCGUUCGCUCUAUGGGGAAAUUUUACCUCCUAGUAAUCGUGCUGUUGUGUGUCGCAUCGUGCAGUUUUGCCAAUCAAAAUUCGGUUUCAAAGUUACCUAAUGGCUCGCUGUCUAUUACAACAAUUCCAGAAAUCAUUGUUACUUCUACUUUGACGAAAACGUUUGAUGGUAAAGGUUUAGAACCGUGGUAUGAUGUGGCUAAAUCUUUCAUUCAUACGGUUCAAAAAGAAGAUUUACCCUACGAUGAUAUAAAAAAGGCGGAUGAUGGGGAUUUUGAAGUGGAAGAGUUUCUCAAAGGCUGGGAGUUACCAUUUCUUGUUGUCUUUGCAAUUGGAUUUUUAUUUGCCAUCAUUUUACCAAUUGUUGGUUUUUGCUUUUGUUGCUGUCGAUGUUGUGGAAAGUGUGGUGGUGAGAUGGUGCAAAAGCAGAGCAAUAAAGAUGGUUGCAAGCGCGCUGUCUUUGGUGCUGUGCUUGGCAUUAUCACAAUUUUGAUGUUUGCUGGUUGUUUAAUGGCAUUUGUGUCUAAUGAUCGCAUCACAGACACUGUAGAAAGCCUGAAAACGACACCAAUCGCGGCCAUUCGUGAUACUGAACAAUAUUUCAAUAAGACUGUCACUGUGGUGACAAGCAGCUUGAUAGGAACGGUUAUAGACGUUCUUGAUAUUGUUGUGAAGGAUGUCAUAGACCUGCCUUCUACCAUUGGUAAUGAAGUCAAGGAGAAAUUGAAAGGAGUGGUAGAAUCACCGCUGCAAAGUGUCAUCGAACUCGGAAAGAAAACAGAACGUAUGGGGGAAUUACUGGCGAACAUAAACAGCAGCACAAAUGACUUACAGUCGAAAUCCCAAGACCUGGAUGCUAAGAUUAUUUCUGUUAAUAUUAACCUAACCGCCAUAGGUCAACCCAACAUACAUACAGAGGCUAACUACGGCGUUUUGCCUGACGUUAGUAAUCAGUCGACAAAUAUCAACAAUAUCAAUAAUAACAAUUUUACCAAAAAGGCAGAGCAGGGUCUCGGUGAAUUCAAUAAUAUCGACGCUAGAAUCAGAAACGAGAGCAAUGCUACAACUGAAAAGAUAAGAAAUGAAACCGUUAGUGCGAAAAAUGAAUUUAAGGAUCAAAUUGAGGAAGAUAUCGUUAAGGAGGUGAACAAGCUGAUAUUAAAUAAGACAGACGGCUGGAUCAAGGAUGUUGAGGAAUUGUGGGAUGAUCAUAUCGAACCAUACGAUCGAUACAGAUGGAGCGCUGGCGUUGGUUUGACAUGCGUGCUUCUCUUACCCGUUGUUUUAAUGGCACUGGGUUUAUUGUGCGGAAUAUUUGGUCAUGACAAGGACAAUGAACCGACGGAGCGUGGAACAAUAUCCAACAUGGGUGGAAACUUUCUUAUGGCUGCAACAGGCUUCAUGUUUAUAUUUGUGUUUUUCCUCAUGUUGUUCACUGCAAUCUGUUUCGUCCUCGGAGCACAUUUGGAGAAAUCUUGCUACAGUCUCAGGGAGGAAACAUUGUACACUGAUUUCUUAGACAGUCCUAAAUAUUGGGACGGAGACUAUCUGCUCGCUAAAACAAUAUUUGAUAAUGGAUCCCUUCCAUUGAAAAUCGCGAAAGUUCUCUCAGAUUGCAGAGAUAAUAAGGCUAUCUAUCAAGCAAUUCAAGGAGAUUUAAAAUGGGACCUGGAUUCAAAGUUCAGUGUAAAAGAUAAACUCGGAGAUUUUGAGAAAAACUUGGACGGUUUCAAUGUUUCAGUAAACGAUCAGGAUAUUCUAAAUAACGAAACUAAGAAUAAUUUAAGAGACUUGAGUAAAUCCGGUGUGAAUAAGAUCGAAUUUGAAAAGUUCUUUAACGAGACGGGAAAGAAUGUUCUAAACAAUGCAAGUAUUAUCGAUGACAUAAAGAAGAAUGUGAAUUCGAGCGAUAUAACAGCAGAUUUGGACAACAUUCAAAAUAAAGCGAAUGAAAUGAAGAUUAUUUCGAAUCAGUUAGAAAAAGACGUUAGAGAGUUGCAGACCCUCGGAGGAAACAUUUCAUCUCUUGCAAAUGAAACAUUGGUAAAGGCUGAAGGGGCAGAGGAUAAGUUUAGUAGUACGGUGAAUGUUAAUAUCGGAAAAAUUGUUAGCGACGAGGCAAAACGUCUUUUAGGAUAUACAGACGAUAUAGCGGACUGGGCCAUAAAGUCUGUCAAACACGACCUGGGUCAAUGCAAAAUUUUAACUGACGUAUACGAUGCUGCUGUUAAUUUGGUUUGUCGUGAAACAGUUUAUCCAUUUAAUGGUUACUGGUUUUCCGUUGGCUUCUGUCUGUUCUUUUACAUCCCAGCCAUAAUUUUCUGCGUCAAGUUGGCGAAACAUUAUAGACGAAUGAGAUUCGAGGAAGGAUUUGACAAACACGACGGCGUGGAGAUGUCACACAUGGGUGAAAGAAAUAAAGUAUGGGUUAAACCGGGGAACGCAGUUUAUCCCAAGUGAAUCUGGAAAAACAAAGAAAGAAAUUCAUUAUUUGCCAUCCACCCUGCCCUUUAGAGAAAAUCAUUAUUAUUUAUAGACGGGCCAAGACUUUUGAAUAGGAAUGCAUAUAAUUCAAAACACUUUUUAGGAUAAUUUUUUAGCAAAGUUUCUAAUUUUAGUUGUGUCGCGAUUAGGUUAUUUUGUAGUUUGAAAAAUUUGACCCAGCAAAUUCAUCACUUGCCGUGGUAAAAGGCGAAGCACGCGUUGUCUAGAAGUACCGCAAUUCUUAUUCCAUUACAUUCCAGUUUUUUAAAUUCCACCCUGACCCAAAACGUGCAACAGAAUAUAUCGGAAUGACAGCAUUUUACCUGCCCAGGACAACACUUGUUCACAUGCAAUAUAUAUACUCGUCCAUCUCUUUUUCUCUGUGUUUUGGCAAAUGUACAAAAAUGUGCUUCAAAUUUAUCGCUUCACUGAAAUGCCACCGACAGAAAACUACGUUUGCAGUCUGUAUUUCACAUUCUUUACGUUUUUUUCAUCGAGCGAUAACUAAAUUUGAAGCAUUUCGCAUCUAAAAAAACCUUUCAUAAAUAAUAUCAAUCGUUCACAUUUAAUCUUUGCCAAACCACAAAUUUUGCACGAUUUGGUCGUUUGAAAAUGGUUUAAUUUAUAAUCGAGAUGGUUAAAUAUCUCAUUAGGCGGGAGGAAUAAAGUCGAAUUUUUAUUCAACCAAUUCGGUCUUUGCUUAUUGAAGACCAACUUUCUGUAUAAUAACAUGUAUAUGUCUUGUGUGUAUAUAUAAUUAUCUUGUUUCGUUGAUUACUUCAUUUGCCUUAACUAUAUACCAUAUAUGAUUGUGAAUAAUAAUUCGUAUCCGAUUUUAUCAAAAAAUAAUAAUAAACUUGUAUAACUUA